GCCCAGGACACCGCGGUAGGCCCUGAGCGCGCGGGCGCAGGGCCCGGAGAGGCGCGCGCCGGCCCGGCCGCCGGCCGCAUGGAGCGCAGCGCAGCCCGCGGCUCCCGGGAGGCGCAGGCGGAGGUAGCGGCAGCGGGAGCAGCGCGCUCGCUCACACCCACCCCCGCCCGCGGCCGGCGCGCCGCCCCGCCGUAGCCGCCGGCGUCCCCGCGGGCCCGGCCAGCGAAGGCGGCGUCCGCGCGUCUGCCAGCCAGCAGCGGCGGCCAGCCCGGGAGGCGGCCCCGCAAGCCCCGCAGCCGCGCGUCUCCGGGCCCAGCCGCAGCCCGCGAGGAGCCCGGCGCUCCGGCCCGCAAGCCCGGCGCAGGCAUGCAGGCCAGGCGCCUGGCCAAGCGCCCCAGCCUGGGCAGCCGCCGCGGGGGCGCUGCGCCCGCUCCCGCCCCCGAGGCCGCCGCUCUGGGGCUCCCGCCCCCCGGCCCCAGCCCGGCCGCCGCACCGGGAAGCUGGAGGCCGCCGCUGCCGCCGCCGCGCGGGACCGGCCCCUCGCGCGCUGCCGCCGCCUCGUCGCCGGUCCUGCUGCUGCUGGGCGAGGAGGACGAGGACGAGGAGGGCGCGGGCCGAAGGCGCAGGACGCGCGGGCGGGUAACGGAGAAGCCCCGAGGGGUCGCGGAGGAGGAGGACGACGACGAGGAAGAGGACGAAGAGGUGGUUGUCGAGGUGGUGGACGGCGACGAGGACGACGAGGACGCUGAGGAGCGCUUCGUGCCCCUCGGACCCGGCCGUGCGCUUCCCAAGGGCCCCGCCCGAGGCGCGGUGAAGGUGGGGAGUUUUAAGCGGGAGAUGACCUUCACGUUUCAAUCAGAGGACUUCAGACGUGACUCCAGUAAGAAGCCGUCUCAUCACCUGUUCCCACUGGCCAUGGAGGAAGACGUGAGAACAGCAGACACCAAAAAAACCAGUCGGGUCCUUGACCAAGAAAAAGAAACUCGGUCUGUUUGUCUUCUUGAGCAGAAGCGGAAAGUAGUUUCUUCCAAUAUCGAUGUCCCUCCUGCAAGAAAAUCUUCAGAGGAACUGGACAUGGACAAGGUGACUGCAGCCAUGGUAUUGACCAGCUUGUCAACCAGCCCUUUGGUCCGAAGCCCUCCUGUGCGGCCUAAUGAGGGUCUCAGCGGGUCCUGGAAGGAAGGUGCACCAUCCAGCAGCAGCAGCAGUGGCUACUGGAGCUGGAGCGCUCCGAGUGACCAGUCCAACCCAUCCACACCCUCUCCACCACUGUCAGCUGACAGCUUCAAGCCCUUCCGCAGCCCCGCCCCACCUGACGAUGGCAUUGACGAGGCAGACGCCAGCAACCUGCUCUUCGAUGAGCCCAUUCCGAGGAAGAGAAAGAACUCCAUGAAGGUGAUGUUCAAAUGCCUUUGGAAAAGCUGUGGCAAGGUGCUGAACACAGCUGCCGGCAUCCAGAAGCACAUCCGGGCUGUCCACCUCGGGCGAGUUGGGGAGUCUGACUGCAGUGAUGGGGAAGAAGACUUCUACUACACGGAGAUCAAGCUCAACACGGAUGCCACGGCUGAAGGCCUCAACACUGUGGCCCCGGUUUCACCCUCCCAGUCUCUGGCUUCAGCCCCUGCGUUUCCCAUCCCAGACUCCAGCCGAACAGAAACUCCUUGUGCCAAAACAGACACUAAGCUGGUGACGCCACUGAGCCGCUCAGCCCCCACCACCCUCUACCUCGUGCACACUGACCAUGCUUACCAGGCCACACCCCCGGUGACGAUUCCUGGAUCCGCUAAGUUCACCCCCAAUGGCAGCAGCUUCAGCAUUUCCUGGCAGUCUCCCCCAGUCACUUUCACUGGCGUUCCGGUGUCUCCUCCACAUCAUCCCACAGCAGGCUCAGGAGAGCAGAGACAGCACGCCCACACAGCCCUGUCCUCCCCGCCCAGAGGGACAGUCACCCUAAGGAAGCCCAGAGGAGAAGGCAAAAAGUGCCGCAAGGUUUAUGGGAUGGAAAACAGGGACAUGUGGUGCACCGCCUGCCGCUGGAAGAAGGCCUGCCAGCGGUUCAUUGACUGAGCCAUUCCUGCCUCUCCUUCCAAAGGAAGCUACUCAAGGCCCAGGGAAGGCCCUGCCUGGAAUCCCAGGAAUAUAAUUCCUUGGUGGAAUUAAAGCAAAACAAAAACAAAAACAAAAACAAAAACACAGCAAAAAAUCAGCACUGCACUGCUCUGAGAACCAGGCGAGAGCGCCAAGGAGGACCUUCCUUCGAAGGAAAAGCCCGCUUCCUUAGCUCUCAGUCUGGUCUUAAAGCUGGUCUUCUGUAGCAGCUUAGCCAACCAGGCCCAUUUCACCUAGAGAGAAGGCACAUUUUGAUAAGCUUUCUGAACUCUGGCAUUUUCGAGGGUUUUUGACACUGAAAACAAUAUGCCCAUAAGCUACACAAUAUACCCAUAAGCUACACAGUCUGAGGUAGCAUUUGUAUAAAGGAUAGUACCUACCUUGUGAAUAGGCAUCUCUCUGUUUUUCCGUGCGACUCCUUGGAUCAGUCUGAUCAUGAUGUAUUUCAAAAAAGAGUUUUUCUAUGUCUGUUUUGUUUUCAAGAAGGACCCCAAGUGGAACCAUUGUAAAGAUGUUAGCUUGGAGGCCCUGAGUAACUUACAUAAGGCCAAAAGUGAUUGACAGUGAGUGCGAGUCACCUCAGCCAUCACCUGAGGUCAGGACACCAAGAGGCACUGCAGAAAGCAUCUGAAAAUCGUCCUUGGAUCCCAUGUGAGUGGUGGCACCACUAAGUCUCUGCCUGCCAUGGCUCAGACGAGAGCUGGCGCUAGUAGCAAUCUGGUAAACCUUGAUGCUGCUUUCAGGGAUAUCACACACACUGCAGCCUGGAUAGUGUGUCCUGCUUGGUUCUGCCAAGACCAUAGCCAGGACUCUGGGUUAGCAUUCUGCUCUCCAACCCCGCCCAGGUAGAAAACUCCAGACUGGCCUGCAGGUUUGCUUCCAGCAGAGCAUAGCUGUGGGAAAGAUCCACUAGGGCAUCAAGCCAACUUCCAUUGUGAGUGCACUUUUCUAGAUGGCGAGGGGAUGGCUAGGGGAUGAGUUAGUGGACUCGGUGACGUAUAUGGAUAAUGGAACGCUAAACUUUGUUGUCUUAUAGGAAUAUUGAAACUAUGAAUUAAGAAUUUGCUCAGAAACUAACUUACAGGAUGCCCAAAGGCAGAUGCAUCUUGGUAUAGGACUCUCUCCAUUGAGUAGGGCCAAGGCUUAGGCUGGGUUCCAGCCAUUGGAACCUGAUGUACUUGGCUGUUGGAAGGGUGGAGCUUGGAGCAGCUAUCAAGCCUUGUAAGGACUUAUUCUGUCUGCCCUGCUUAAGAGAGGAGUGUCCUGUACCUAUGCAUGGUAAGAGCACCUUAUAGGAGCCACUAGGUAGGGAUGGGGAACAUGGUGUCAGCAAUAUGAAUGUUAAAUGAACUUGCACAGAGGAAAACUUAAUAUAUGUUUAAAGAUUGUACAUAGUGCUUUUUUACAGAGUAGAGAAGGCAUGUAGGCGUCUGAGACACCUCUUUGUAUAUAAGGGGUGUAUAUGGAGGCUCUACAGCGGAACACCCUUAACUGGUGCGUUCAUGUAUUUUGGCAAUUUUAUUUUUUAAAUUCAUGUGGCUUUUUUACCACGGAAAUCAAGGAAAACGGGAAAGAGAUGCUGAUCUUUUCCUUUGGAUACUUAAAAGGAAAACAAAACACUUACUUCAAGAGAAAAGAGAAAGCUUUCUCUGAUUUCCCUGUAGGUUGAUAACCAACAUCAGCUAUACCACCUGUUCCAGAUGCUUUUACCUGCAACCAGGAAACAACUUUUUGCUUUUAAAGUCCAGAGCUAGAUUUCUUUCCCCUGGGCAUGUCCUCUCCUUAUCUCCUGUAGCCUCACUCCCUGAAAUGGUGUUCUAGCUGCUCCAAGAGGCCCUGAGCAACGUGGAGAUUGAGACAUCAACUGUUUGGUCAAGUUCACCAUGUGCUUAAAUAACAGAUGGAUCCUAGGCUAGAGGGUUUUCUCCUCAGCAAAGCUCCCUUAAUUUUUAAAAUCUCAGAUGAAGACUUUAAUCAAAACAUUAAAGUGAUGUGAAAUUCAAUCCACCUUCUCUUGAAGAACUUGGAGGUGAAGGAAUGCUGUCGUCUGUGUGAGAGAGAGCAGUCCUUAGGUGCUGAGCUGUCGCCCCCAGAAACACAGCCUAAGGGCAGGUCUGAGCCCGCUUAGCUGCAUAUUGUCAGCACAAUCGUGACACCAAAUGCACCUGACCUGAGUCCCUCGUUUUCUCAGAAACCUCCAUCGUGCCAGCUCGUGUGCAUCCCCAGCCCACCUAGGGCCCUCAUCUCCAGGCCAGCCUUAGGCACUGAACAUUUCCUUAUCUGGCUUCCAAGGUGCAGGCAAAUCCUGAGUGCAGCUCUGGACACAUGCCCAUUCCCUGUGUGGAAGGGUGUAAUGCCAGGGACCGGAAGCUCUGAAUUGCAACAUACAGUUAACUGAUUAUAUGAGUUACUUUUUGUGUGAGUUACAUUUCUUAAGUAGUUAUUUUGUUAUUUGGGGACCCAAACAAAGUGCCAAAUGAAGCCUGACUUUUCAUUUCAUGCCAUGUCCAUGAAACUAAGUUCUUUUUGUGUCUUCAUUUUGUGGAGAAACAGAAAGCAUGAGAGUUGGUGAGCUGGCUGCUAGCCUGAGGCUCUGUGCACCCCAGGGCUUCCAGCCCUGUCUGUCAAAGGAGCAGUGAUGUAAUGAAUUCUUGUCCAUGGAAAUGUCUAGUUCUUCUUCUUCCAUGAUGAAAAAGGUUUCUCAUUUCUCCCGGAAAAAGCAUGUCACAGUGACUAGCAGGACAUUCUCCAGCCAGCUAGGAAGCAAUGUGUGCAACAGGCAAUAGUUUCCAGCCUUAGCCUUCCUGGAAUAUGGACACUUAUUUUGUGAAAAUCUGUGAGAUAACGUGGAGAAACCCCCAGGUAGCAUAUGUGUCAAGGGGGCAGUGCGGGAGACCUGCACACCCCUAUCUUCUGCUCAUGUUCUUGGGCUGCUCAGCUAGGACUCCUCCAUGUCUGCUGUAGAUGUCUGACACAAGACAGGAGCUGCUUCGGCCAGGAACUAUCCAUCAGGCUCACCUGCCACCUUAUGUCUGGGAAGUUAGGUUCUCUGGAUUAGCAAAAGCUAGCGCCAGGAAGAAGACAGUGGGUUUCCAAACCAGAGUGGACCUCUCGUGCACGUUGAUAGUACCAUGUCCAGGAGGCUCCCUUAUGAACCUCCCAUGACCAAGCUAUAAAGGACGAUCAUCUCUAGAGAAAAGCAUUACUGUUGAGCUCUCCAAAAAUUCCUUCAGACUUCAUGUAUGUUGGAAAAAUUAUUUGAAGCCAAAUUGUUCCCCAUUGCAAUUGAAGAUGACAAGAUUUGGAGUCUGCCAUCUCUGGUAUCCAAGAACAAGUACGUCACACUUUGCCAGAAGCCCUGGGCUUAAAGUGAGUAGUGAGCCCCUAUAAAAGAGUCUGUUUCAUCUCUCACUUCAGCUGCCCUGCAAGACAAAGGUGGCAUUCACCGGAGAAGGUUCUGAGAAAAGAGGUGAGAACUGUACAUACAAGAAUCUGUUGAGCAUAGCAGCAGAAUACUGUAAAUACUACUCAUUUCCUCAGGGAGACAAGGAUGCUGUGGGAAGAGAUCUGGAGAACCCCGAGACCAGGAGGAUUUUUAUCUCCUCAAGUCUUUUCUUGUCAGAACAAGUUUUUCUUUAUGUAACUCUCCGUGUCAUUUCAAAACAAAUCCGUGUUCAGCUGGACAGGCAGACGACUUCCAUGAGGUGUGGCAGAGGGACUGUCUGUUCGUAGCUGCCCUAAAGCUGAUUGAGGUUUGAGCCACAGGUGAAGAGCCUGCUGGGCAUCCAUAGACAUGGUGAGGCUUCCUCUGAAUGUAAUUGGGAACAAAAAGCCUUGCUGUUCCUUGUUGUAGUUCCUCAGUCUGGAUGCUGUUUAUUAUACACAGCAUCCUCUAAGGGAGGGAAAGCUGGCCACGACGUGUGGUUUGCUUUAGUGGCAUGUUCAGGAGCACACUGCCAUGGACUCUGGUGGACAAGGUGCUGUCUUUGCUCUUGUCCGUAGGAUUUCCACCACCCACAUCAGCUGUGGCAUUGACCUGUGUGAAUAUGUGCGGAUGAGUGGAGCCAGCAUGGCCCGUCAGUAUGACAGCGUUGGGAGCGUGGGUCAUUUUGAAGGGCAUGUUAGGCAUAUGAGUCAACUGACAAUUCUAUUUCUGUAAGAAAGAAACCUACCAGCAGCACACAGGUGCCACCAAUCCUCCCACGUGGAGGGAUUUCUCCAUGUUACGAUUUCAUCCUGUAUUUUCUGCAUUGUAAGUAGCCACAGGGGAAGUUAGUAAAUAAGAUGAGGUUAGCACUUUUAGGUACCAGUUGUCCUGAGUAACUGUACUCCAACAGAGCAAGGACAUAUGAAAUGUACUCAAGACUUGCUUCUGGUGACAGACUUGGAAAAGGCCCAUUUCCAAUGACACACAUGCUUUAAAGAGUGUACCUAUCACAGGACCAGGAAUCAAAACGGGAAUUUUAUCUCCUGUCCUGUUUUGUAAGUAGCUUUUUUUUCCUAAGACAAUCUCAUGUUUUAUAACUUGUUGUGUGUGUCUGAGAAUCAUAAUGGUAAUGUGUUAUGGUAAAUGUAAUCUUAAAUACAAUAAUAAUUACAACUUAAAUUUCCAAAUGAAAGAAAUACACUGCUUAGGCUUCUGCAAGAGACAUGACACUUUUAUAAUAAGCAUUAGUACUUCUCAAGUUUAACAGAACUGGAAAUAUUUUACAAGAUACCGCGUUUUGUAAUCACAGAGAACAUGAACACUUUGUGGGAAAUGACCUUGGUUUUAUACAUUGUAGCUUAUUUUUUAAAAUGCAGUAUUUUAACCGGCAGGAAGUGUAGAUAUGGCACACAGUUCCUGUCCCUCAAUCCAAGGGCUAUGCCUCUUUUAAGCAAGUGUUUUGAUGCGUAUCUUUUCAAUUAACCCUCUGAGCAAGGGUAGAAAUGGAGACCAGAUAGCAAGGUCAUUUGCAAGAGAAUCAAUGAAGCAGCAACUAUUCCCUCAUGACCAGUGUGUAUUCAAAGCAUCUUUGUGGGGGCAGGGGGCAUGUCACAUGAAGAUUCACCUUCUAUAUUUUAAACCCAAGAAAAGAUGCUAGCACAUAGGCUUCUAGGCCAAGGAAGAAAUAUCCCUUUAGUGUGGUAUGAGUUUUCUUAUGAGUUUUCACCUAUCAGAACUACAUGCCUGCAUUUUAUAAGCAAGCGUCAUUUGGUGGCACUGUCUAAAACUGUAGUAUAUAUGCCCAAAGAACCUUUAAACGGUCAGCAGUGUUUGUGAUUUUGUUGUUCUUACCACCGCCAACUGAGAAACUUCCUCAUCAGGACCGUUUGACUUUUGUUUGUUUUUCACUAUGGAAAACUCACAGGCACAGAAGGUUGUGAGCAGAAAAAUGACAGAAUUCCCAUGGGACGUAAGAAAUGGGAGCCACAUACACAGUGUGAGCACUGCCAAGGCUAUUUUAAGCUGUCCCACAUCAACAAGCCCACUCGCUGUUAAGAAAACAUCUUCCCAAGAGUUUAUUGACUCAAAAAGCUAGGCCAGUUAGCCACGUAUGCGACAGUUUCAGAGUAGAAGCUGAGGUGGGGCAGCUGUGUACCUGCCAGGUAACUGUACCAGUUACUGAGAGGCCAUUCUAGCUUUUCUAGCCGUAUCUUCCAUGUACGGCUGACAGUCUGUUAGACGGGAACUAUAAAGGCAUUGUAUGAGGGAACAGGGGGUUGUGCAGCCUUGCACCCAGUGCCUGAGUGGGCUGGCUUGCAGCUAGCUCGCCAUUGCCAUCCCCUAGGAUAGUACCACUGAUGGAUGGCAUUCGGGUGCCCAGCAGGUUUUCACUGCCACAUGGUUUUGAACUAUGUGCGACUUACUCCACCUGUGCGUGGAGGCUUCCUUCCAGAGACUGUGUGCGCAUUUAGACACUUUAGAACAGCUGGAAAAGGACUGCAGAUGUUCAGGGCGUGUCAGGACCAACAACGGUGUUGGACUAGACAACUGACAUCUACCGAACAGGAAGGACCCUCACUCAGCUUUUGACAAUCAGGCCAGGUUGCCAGAUCCAAACUGGAGACAUGGCACCACCCGACAAUUCAGUGUUGACCACUAACAUACGUUCUCAGCCAAUCCUGCAGACCAAGAAAAGCUGUGUGGGGGCAGAGGCAUCCUGUGGCCACAGUAUCAGCUAUGGCAAACUUCCACACUUGUGAGCUAACAGGCCCAGAUUCCUCCAUGAGCAUCUUAGACUCAUGUGCUGCCACGAUCUGAACAGCAGACAUUUCAAAAGAGGGAAGACACUAUUCCUCCCUAGAGGAUAUCCUCAUGGAAGACAAAAAUAGAAAUGUCAUCUCUUCAGCUUAGCAUUGCUCCUGAUCAGAAUGCACUAAGUUGUCACCCGGCUCUUGCAAGAGCUGCCUCCUGCCAUACCCAGGCCACACCCCAAAGUACUGAAUAGCUGUAACCCUGAUACUGUGUCUGCUACCGUGACCACUGUGAUGAAGGGCAGAGGGAGGGAGGAAGGAAGGGAAAGAGGGAGGCAGGAAGGAAGGAAGGAAGGGAGGAAGGAAGGAAGGAAGGGAGGAAGGGGGACAAAGUAAUCGGGAGCCUUUGAUUUGGCAGCCGGGUACCCUGGUGCUUUACAGUAGCACAUGGCCCCUCCCAUGCCAGCGCCCUCUGCCUACGCUUUGUGCUCCCUAGCUUCCUAGGCCAUCUCUCUCCUUGUCCCACUAUAAAUGUAUAUAUAAUUUCACCUCUGAUCUGGUAAGGCCCCUGCUUCAGAACUAGCAGGCACUUAGGUGUUUUCAGGAGUCCAUUCACCUUAAAGGAAGUUUUUCCACACAGGCAACCUCAGUCUCUUUCUCGCAGGGUGAAAUAAAACUGAGAAUAACUUUGUCACAUGAGUGGAGGGCUACACACAUUAGACUUUCAUUGUUCUGAGAAAGUACAUUAUUUUAAACUCUUGUCUUCUAUUGAAGUCUAUUGAAGUUCUGAUGUCACAGGGAGAGUUCUGUAUGGUAAAGUAUGUGUCAUUCAGACAUUACUUCCUUUGAUCUUCAUAUGAAUCUAGUAUAGAAAACAAGUCCUAAGGCCACUAAUAGCUAUGCCAAGACACUGGCUCAAACCUAUGAGUCAGCACCGUCAUUACCUGCAGAGAGAGACCUGGCCCAGCUGGCCUCCGCUGUGACUCAGCCGUGGAUUCCCUGGGCCCACCAUGUUCUCAGCCCAGAAGUAAAGAGCACCCUCAUUCAUGUCACUAAGUGCAAGUUUAAUCAUCCCCAAGUUCCGUCCAGUGAAAUGGUAAAGUGUAGGAGGAGUUUGUUAGCUAAAGCAAUAUUCUGAUAAAAAUGUUGACUCCUUAGGAAAAAAUAGCUUGCUUCUGGCCUCUGGCCUUUCAGACUCUAACUUUAAGCUGAUGCUGGAUGGUGGUUAACAACCAGCUCAGAAUUACCAUGUGUAGAGACGACUCAAAACGACCUGCAAGCAUGCUGCAGUGCCUAGGUCAGUUAAGUUGUAUGUGUCUGAAUGCAGUUUCUGCUGGCAAGCUUUGACAUUGCUCCCACUGUGGAUGAUGAUAAGGCUGUCCAGUAUAUGAAUACACUCCAUCCAAGGCUUCCAGGGUGUCAGGUGAGCAUCCUGAGUUCAGAGGAAAGCUCUCACAAGAAAUCCUGUCAUAAGACCAGAAGGAACCCCCAGACAGCUAGACUGGCCAGUUCCCUAGCUGAUGAGCAGGGAGGCAGUUAGUUUGCCCCUUUCUCCUCUGACAAAAGGCAGUGGGCUGUAUGGUUUGGCUGCCUGUGCUUGGCUGGCAGUGCACAGAAAGGGCCUAGUGUUAGCAAGGGAAAAAACAAAGCGCAUACCAGAUACUGAAGGAUUGGGUUAGAGUCAAAUAGUAGUUGGUUCUUUUUAAAAAUGUUCCUUUUCAGUGGGGAUUGCUGCACUGUGACCCUCCGAGGAGAACACCCUUUGAUGUGACAAGGCCACCUGAGCGAUCCCUAAGACUGAUUAACUACUUCACUUUCUAUUACAAUCAGUCUUCCCAAAAUGUUCAUUCAGAAAAUAGCCAAAGCAGAGCAUGGCAGCCCCUAGAAAGGACAAGAAAGGGAUUACUAAAGAACGGAAUCGAGCCGGACGUGAUGACGCACGCCUUUAAUCCCAACACUUGGGAAGCAGAGGCCAGCCUGGUCUACAAAGUGAGUUCCAGGACAGCCAGGGCUACACAGAGAAACCCUGUCUCAAAAAACCAAAAAAAAAAAAGAAAAAAAAGAACAGAACUGUUGGGGAAACACAGCUGUCUCCUGUUUUGUCUCUAUCUGUGACUGGAAACAGAAACCAACACUCUGGAGAAGACAUAACUUUAAGUGAGGGUCUGAAAGAAGACUCCACAUCUAGUGCCAUCUGAGCAGAUAGUUGGGUAGACACUUUCUCUCCCUUCUUGAUCCUCAUCUCCUAACCCAGAAGCCAAAUGUGUUUGUUGCCAGAUCCAGAGACAGCCAUUAUUGUUACUUGGUUACUGAAUGCUUGCUCUGAAGUCAACACCCCAGUACAUGGAUGCUUCCCUCUAGACACUCAUUCUGCUCAGUGAGUGGCUACCCUCCCUGCAAGAGAAAGCCGUUCUCUGUCUGAGCAGAUGUAGUCUCUGGGCUAUGAGGACAGGGUCUGCAUUGGCACCACCCUGCCACACUCAGCCCACGGCAAAGCAGCAGCUACUCCCGUCCAUGUGCCUUAAGACACUCAGUGUGGUCACCUAGCCAGAGCUAGAGUCAGCAAGACAGGAUGCUGUGUUAGGGUGGAAGAGAAUCCAAGAGGGCUCAGACUAAAUCCUUCCAGGCUCAAGGAUUCAAGGGGAUGGGAUUGGCCUUCUCCACGUGGCGAUGGAGUUUAGUUGCUCCUGUUAUAUAUCUCUGGAAAGCAAACACUGCUUCCAUUUGCUUACCUGUCAAACAUUCAUUCCUUGGCCCAGGACAGGCUCAUCCCUCAUUUCAGGCACAGACAGCAAGACAGAGUGGACAGAGGGCUCCCUGAGGGCUUGUGAUUGUUUGUGGGUUUGAGCUGCCCCUCAGGGAUCUGUCCCUGCAUGGGGGAAGGAUGCCUAAUGUGGCAGAUUGCACUCAGAGAGAGGGAUAACUUUUAGGCCCUUACUCUAUAUCCUUACUGGAAGUAUGUGGCUGUGACAUGGCAUAACAGCAGGAGCUGAUCACAGGGAGAAAGCUUCAGGUGAAACCUAGAUGUUUGAGAAAACACGUCACACUCCUAAAGCAUGCUAUUUCCAUGGCUUCCAAAACUAAAAGCACCUGUGGCUCAGCUAGCGCAUGAACAUGCCAGUAGUCACGGUUUCCUAUCGUGCACCCUGAAAUCCCUAUUUUUGUAAUUUAUGAUUAGACUGUGGUCAGUCACUUAAAUAAACACUCUUAUGAAUUAACUAGUAUACCCUAGUAUAGUUUCCAAAAUAUAUCAUACUGUAUAGCCCUAUGUGCAUGAAGAUCUCAGGGGGAGGAAGUACACGCUAGGUCCCAAAGGGUCCAGACUAUCAUCAAAAGCGCAUGCCAAGUGGCCUGAGGCCACUGCUCAUACACGAGGGGGCGGGGGAGGGGAUAUGGGCUGCAGCCCCUCAGCUGCCCUUAGUGGUGGGAAUCAGCAUGGUCGCUGUUAAAGGAAAGCCAUCUUUUGAAUUUUUCAACACCAAAUCUUAAAGUAUCAAAAAAAGUUACCGAAUGUUAAAAGUGGGGUCGUUAGUGGAAAUGUUGUCUGUAGGAAGUUUUUCUCAUAGUGUUUGAUAAAAACAACAAAAGCCAAACUGAAGCCCAAGAAGUGUCCUCUGGGGGACACUGGCAUUAGGGUGGUCGAUGACUGAAGGAUACAGCAGUGCUGUCCUGUACACAGAGCUCUUUUGAGGUACAAUCUUUCCAUCGUUUCAGGGGUAAGUACUUCCUUACAAAGUCUUUAAUAAUGAAUGAAUGUAUAAAUUUAUAAACUAUGCAUUUUCAGAGAGAAACAUGUAUUUUGUAUCAAAUCCGAGUACUUUUUUUUUUCAUAGAGAUUUAUCACAACUACAGAUUAUUCAAAAUAAAUGAGAAUGCCAAUCCUCAUAAGGGUGUGGGGUGCCUUUGUUUUUCACUCUGAUGGUUUCAAGACCAUGCAUCCAGACUUUGAUCUGAAAAGCUAGCCAGUACAGUAGGCGAAGGAUGAUUCGCCUUCUCCUGGAGGGGACCACUCGCACACCACCCAGUUCUUAGGGAUGGAUAAUUUAGUAACACUGGGUUAGCGGAUAGAAGGGCCAGGGUGUGGCUUACAGAUAGAGCCCUGGCCUCACGUGUGUGAAGGCCUGGGUUCAGUCUCCAGUACCCAAGUAGUAACAAUAAGCAGGCAGGCAACGCUGUUACCAUAGUAACAUUACAUUACCAUUGUUACCAUUGCAUCGGCUAAAGAUGACCCAGCUUAGGUAGUUGUGGCUAAUUGUCGAUCCAACUGUGGGUGAGGAAGAGUUUAGGUUAUAGUUUUCAAAGAACAAAAUAUAAAGUUAUUGUCUGACAAGGCAAAUAAUUGUUUUUUUUUUUUUCAAAAUUACUUGGAGGUGAUCUCUUAUAGAAAAUGUAGACUAUACCCAGAUUUCUCCAGCCUUGUGCUGAUAGGCCUUUUCACGGAGCCUUUCCCACUGGUAAUUGUUCUUUCCUCCUUGGUCAGUACUCACCUCAUCACUCCAGCAGCCUCCCCGCUAUCUGACAAGGAGGAAGUGAACCCCAUUUCUUUGCUGUUCCGGUUCUCUUUCUGUAUCUGUCGAGGAGGUUUCUAGGCUGUCUAUAAAAUAUGGGGAAACACAUUUCUAACCCUGGUACUUAUGGUCAUACAAGAUAUGUUUGCUCCCUAAGUAGGAGCUAGAGGGGAGGGCAAUGUGUCUUUUUACAUGAUUUUUAGCCAAAUCCAGCUGUUCUGAUACUAUGUUUCUGAAUCCUUUUCUGACUGUAAAUACUGCCUGCAGAGGUCCCGGUUGACAGCCUUUUCUGAGACUGGUCCUCAGCCAUGCUCCUUGCCAGCUGUUGGCACAUUGUACAUAGAUGCGUCGAGUGUUUCAAUGAUGUUGGUUUUCUAAAUGCUAUUCUCUAACACAUUUUUUGAAAAAAAAAAUGUCUUUGUUGUUCUGGACUUUGUGUGUUCGUUUUACAAAAACAUUUCCUAAGAUUUAACACCAGGAAAAAAUAUUUUAAAAUACACUGGUGCUAAUUGGAAAAGAAGAAAAUUUUUAACUUCAAGAUUUACAAAAGAAAAUGAUCACAGCAGUUAACUGCACUUUCCCACGGGGAUGGCUGCUGUCCACUUACAAUGGGCAUCAAGAGGACCAGCAAAAGUUUACAGUAGUGAUGACCCAUUGAUGUGUCAUAGAGCAAGGAGUCCUUGUCCCCCAGAGAGGAGGAUUUGCUGGGUAGUCCUCAAAGCAUGUAGUAGAGAAGGGAUAUAGAGUUAACUCUUUAGAAAUAGUCUUCUGGUCCUUGGACUUUCAUGUUCUGUAAUGCUUAGCUGUAACAAUGAAUAUGGUGUUGCCAAUCUAGUCUGACUUCAUUGUCAACCUGUACUGACUCUGUGUAUGGCUCUGUCCUUGGCUUGCACUGGCACAAACCAAGCCAGAACACAAGUCUUUCAGAAAGACCAUUCUGAUUUCUAUGAUGUUCACACACAUGAAUUUAGAUGCACUUGUAACUGGUUAAUUACCAUGAAGUAAGUCUAACUUCCACUUAAUAAAAGUUUUUUUGUGUAUCUGCUUCUA